AUGAACAUCGGAGCUCCUGCUUGUGGCAUGAAUGCUGCCAUUCGGUCAUUUGUGAGAAUUAGCCUGACCAAAGGUUUCAGAGUUCUGGGCAUCCAUGACAGCUUUGAUGGUCUCAUCAGAGGCGAGGUUUACCCUAUGACCUGGACCCAAGUGCAAGGAUGGGCUGGAUCUGGUGGAUCUUUACUGGGCACCAAAAAGCAUUGUGCUCAAGAUGCUGGCAUUGGCAAGAUUGCUUUGAAAUUCACAGAAUUUAAAAUCGAUGGACUCAUGAUUGUUGGAGGCUUUGAGGCUUUCCUCAGUGCUUACCAGUUGGAAGAGGCCCGAGAGAAUUUCCCUUCCCUGUGUAUCCCCAUUGUUGCCAUUCCCUGCACCAUUAGCAACAAUGUGCCAGGUUCUGACUUCUCGCUGGGAGCUGACACAGCUCUGAAUGAAAUCACAGAUAUCUGUGAUCGGAUCAAACAGUCCGCCACCGGCACCAAGCGACGUGUAUUUGUAGCUGAGACUAUGGGAGGUUACUGUGGCUACCUAGCCACCUUAGCCGGACUUGCCAGUGGUGCAGAUGCUGCUUAUAUCUUUGAGGAAAAGUUCACUGUUACAGACCUCAAGCAAGAUGUUGAGCAUCUGAAGGACAAGAUCACAAAUGCUGGUGUUCAAAGAGGCCUUGUGUUGAGAAAUGAAAAAGCCAACAAAAAUUACACAACUGACUUCAUUAGCCGACUGUUCGCAGAGGAGGGGUACCCUGUAUUUACGACUCGAAUGAAUGUGCUCGGCCAUGUCCAGCAGGGAGGCUACCCGUCACCCUUUGAUCGUAACUAUGGAACUAAGAUGGCUGCGAGAGGAGUAGAAUGGCUGUCUGAGAUGGUUGAAAAAUACUCAACACCACAGGGUCCAGUCAGAACUGGCAAUGCGGACACCGUUGUCCUGCUUGGAAUGUUGAAGAGACAUUUAAACUUCACCCCUGUGCAGGAACUAGCAGACGGCACCGACUUUAACAAGCGUAUUCCCAAAGAGCAGUGGUGGCUGAAGCUCCGGCCCUUGCUGAGAAUCUUGGCCAAGCACUCAGUGCUCGGUUACGAGACAGAAGCUGAGAUGGUUGACAUCGAUGAGGACGAGGACGAGGAAGGAGAACACAUUCUUUAA